CGUUUCCCUGGGGCCGGCGCUCUGCUGCGGGCGGGAGGAAGAGGGGCCGGACUUUGGGGCCUGAGAAGCCGUCUUGGCCGCCGCCGCUGUCCUUGCGGCUGCUAUGAGCAGCAGCGGCCGCGGCACCCUCCGAAGCCCCGCGCAGCGCUGAGCGGCGAUCGCGCGUCCGCCCUAGCCGUCCGGGUGCCCAGCGCGGCCGCUCCCGCCGCGGCUCCCGCGCCUCCCCCUGCGCCGCCGGCGAGGCCCGGCGGAGGCAAGGAUGAAGAUGACGGUGGAUUUCGAGGAGUGUCUGCGGGACUCGCCCCGAUUCAGGGCUGCUUUGGAAGAAGUAGAAGGAGAUGUCGCAGAAUUGGAAUUAAAACUUGAUAAGCUUGUGAAGCUUUGUAUUGUGAUGAUUGAUACAGGAAAAGCCUUUUGUGUUGCAAACAAACAGUUUAUGAAUGGGAUCCGAGAUCUUGCACAAUAUUCUAGUAAAGAUGCUGUAGUGGAGACAAGUUUGACCAAAUUUUCUGACAGCCUUCAAGAAAUGAUAAACUUUCACACAAUCCUAUUUGACCAAACUCAGAGAUCAAUUAAGGCACAACUUCAGAACUUUGUUAAAGAAGAUCUUAGAAAAUUCAAGGAUGCCAAGAAGCAAUUUGAAAAAGUCAGCGAAGAAAAAGAAAACGCCUUAGUGAAAAAUGCUCAGGUGCAAAGAAACAAACAGCAUGAAGUUGAAGAAGCCACCAACAUUCUGACAGCAACAAGAAAAUGUUUUCGACACAUAGCUCUUGACUAUGUCCUCCAGAUUAAUGUCCUUCAAUCAAAAAGGAGAUCAGAAAUCCUAAAAUCAAUGUUAUCCUUUAUGUAUGCCCAUUUGGCCUUCUUUCAUCAAGGAUAUGAUCUAUUUAGUGAACUUGGGCCCUACAUGAAGGAUCUCGGUGCACAGUUGGAUCGACUGGUUGUAGACGCAGCAAAGGAAAAAAGAGAGAUGGAGCAGAAACAUUCCACCAUCCAGCAAAAGGCUGCAUUACAGGACUUCUCCAGUGAUGACUCUAAGUUAGAGUAUAAUGUAGAUGCCGCGAAUGGCAUUGUCAUGGAAGGAUAUCUAUUCAAACGCGCCAGCAAUGCCUUCAAAACUUGGAACAGGAAAAAGCCCGAUCAUAUCAGACGCUGGUUUUCAAUACAGAACAAUCAGUUGGUUUACCAGAAAAAGUUUAAGGACAACCCCACGGUGGUGGUGGAGGAUCUCCGGCUCUGCACCGUGAAGCACUGUGAGGACGUGGAGCGGCGCUUUUGCUUUGAGGUCGUCUCGCCAACAAAAAGCUGCAUGCUUCAGGCAGAUUCUGAAAAGUUGCGCCAGGCCUGGAUUAAGGCUGUUCAGACCAGUAUAGCUACUGCGUAUCGAGAGAAGGGAGACGAGUCAGAGAAGCUGGAUAAGAAGUCAUCUCCAUCCACAGGAAGCCUCGACUCCGGAAAUGAGUCUAAAGACAAAUUAUUGAAAGGCGAAAGUGCGCUGCAGCGAGUCCAGUGUAUCCCUGGCAAUGCCAGCUGCUGCGACUGUGGCCUGGCCGACCCGAGGUGGGCCAGCAUCAACCUGGGCAUCACCCUGUGCAUCGAGUGUUCCGGGAUUCAUCGGAGUCUCGGAGUUCAUUUUUCGAAAGUGCGGUCAUUAACUUUAGACACCUGGGAGCCAGAACUGCUAAAGCUUAUGUGUGAGUUGGGGAAUGAUGUUAUCAAUCGAGUUUAUGAAGCUAAAGUGGAAAAGAUGGGAAUAAGGAAACCACAACCAGGACAAAGGCAGGAGAAAGAGGCAUAUAUCAAAGCAAAAUAUGUUGAGAGAAAAUUUGUGGACGAAUAUUUGCUGUCAUCAUCACCUCCUGAGCAGGAGAGAAAGGUUGUGUCCCAGAGCUGUGAGGAAAACAGACUGAGCGUUUCCAGACUCGGCCCCGAUGACCACCUCAGAGCAUCCUCCCUCAGCUCAGUGGUGGCUGUAAAUAGCGACGAGGCCAGGCGGGAGUCUCUGUUCUGUCCUGAUGAGCUAGAUUCACUCUUCUCCUACUUUGAUACUUCUUCAAAACUCCGUAGUAUCAAAAGUAAUGACAGUGGGAUCCAGCAGAGUUCUGAUGAUGGAAGAGAAUCUUUACCCUCCACAGUGUCCGCCAACAGUUUAUAUGAGCCUGAGGGAGAAAGGCAAGAUUCUUCUGUGUAUCUCGACGCUAAGCAUGUUAACCCAGGACUUCAACUUUACAGGGCUUCGUAUGAAAAAAAUCUCCCUAAAAUGGCCGAGGCUUUGGCUCACGGUGCAGAUGUGAACUGGGCCAACUCAGAAGAGAACAAAGCGACACCACUUAUUCAGGCUGUGUUAGGGGGAUCUUUGGUGACCUGUGAGUUUCUGCUGCAGAAUGGUGCUAAUGUGAACCAGAGAGAUGUCCAAGGCCGGGGACCCUUGCACCACGCCACUGUCCUCGGGCACACAGGGCAGGUGUGUUUAUUCUUGAAACGAGGUGCCAAUCAACAUGCCACUGAUGAAGAAGGGAAAGACCCUUUAAGUAUUGCCGUGGAAGCCGCCAAUGCGGAUAUAGUGACAUUGUUACGUUUAGCAAGAAUGAAUGAAGAGAUGCGGGAAUCAGAAGGACUUUAUGGACAGCCAGGUGAUGAAACUUACCAGGACAUCUUUCGUGAUUUUUCCCAGAUGGCAUCCAAUAAUCCAGAAAAAUUAAAUCGUUUUCAACAAGAUUCACAGAAAUUCUGAAUUUUAGGGGGAGGAGGGGAAAAUAUUAAACCCUGUUAUCUCCUAUUUCAGUGUGUAUACAUCUGAAAACUUACAAAUUUUUAUUGUCUUAAUUCUACCUACUUUACUUUAGUAAUAGUGACUUGGAAAAAAGGUACCCAUUCGUUGAUAUUUUUAUAAAUUCAAACAGCUAGUUGUUGGAAGAGUAACAUACUAUAGAACCUCUUUUAUUUAUUUUUUUAAAACCUGCUUAAAGGAUUUUUUGUCUAGAUUUAGGCCCUCCCUAGGUUACAAGAUGUUAAGAAUUAGAUUAUUUUUGUUUUUUUGGCCUGUGGAUGGUAGCGUUAAAUUUUUCCCCCCAUGGUUCAUUCAAGCAUGUCUGUAUCAAGUGAUAACCAAUUUUCCUGCCUGCCUUGAGAAUUUCUUUCUUUCUCUCUCUUUUUUUUUUUGUUUUUGUUUUUUUGUUUUGUUUUUUUGGGCCACGCCUGGUGAUGCUCAGGGGUUACUCCUGGCUCUCCACUCAGGAACUACUCCUGGCGGUGCUCGGGGGACCACAUGGGGUGCUGGAAGCCAAGGAUGGCUUCGUGCAAAUGCCCUACCUGCUGUACUUUCUCUCCAGCCCUUUGAGAAUUUCUUUUCUUUAAAUUCCCUGACAGCUUUUGGUGGCACAGAAAGUUUUUUGUUUUGCCUUUAUUUUACAGUAGUUCAACUGUUAUAUAUACAGUAUGAAACUUAAUUGUUAAAACUAGAGUCGUUUCCCCUGUUUGUUCAUAAAUGCGGUUAUACGCCUUAGAUGUCUGGUCAUUGUCCAGAACUUUAGCAUACAUAUAACGGCUGUGCAAGUGGGCACAAUUCAGCCCGUUAGAUUUAUUUCCUUAUAUGAAGCUAGAAGAAGCCCUCAAUAUUUUUCUUUUUAAAUAAUUAAAAAAACAAAAAAAAUCUCAGUUAUAGAAAUUGUAGCUCUUCAUUAUUGGGCUGAUUUCCUAAAACUUUUAUUUUUGUUUUGGAUGUAAAUAAAAUUGUGUUUGAAAGGUUCCUUGAAUGUUGAAAAAUUAUGCUUUCAUCAGAAUCUAAUUUUGGAAAGAGAUGUUGAUUUAGAAUAAUAAUGUAGAGCACUUUUAUAUCUGAAAUUUGUCCAUUUCAAUAUGCGUUUUUGCUAGUGCUACUAUCAAAAGGAAAAUCUCUGCAAAGGAAGAAAAAAAACUCAUGUUUUUCUUAGUUUAUACUACAUUAUACUGCAGUCAGCUGCCUUUUAAGCUUCCAAGCACCCAACCUGUGUACUGGCACACAGUGUGUAUUCUUUUCAGUUGCAACAGCUAUGUAGUUUUAGUAUAGGUUAUUUGAGUCACAGAUCCUUGAAUUAAAAAUAUGAUAAAUAUACUCAUUUACCUCUAUCUGUCAAAACUUAGUCUGAUACCAUCUCUGACAUAUGUUGUCAGUAUAAAAUAAUUACAUAAUUUGCCUUAUAGUUUCUAAUAUUUCAACAAUUGCGUUUACUCUUUUAUAAGUUACAUGUAAAUAACGGUAUUGGUGCAUCACCACCACCCCCACCACCCCCUUAAAAAGUUUUUUGGGCCAUUCUGGCAGUGCUCAGGGGCUUCUCCUGGCUGUCAGCUCAGGUCACUCCUGGCAUGCUUGGGGGACCAGUAAGAAACCCAGGCCGCCCACGUGCAAGGCGCAUGCGCCAGCCUGUUGCGCUUUCUCUCCAACCUCUGCCCAUUUUCUACACAGGAGAGAUUUUUAAACUUGAGUUAUCAAAUGAGUUGAGAAGUUAUAUUUUUUUUCUUUUACUAGAGUUUUAUAAAUUGAAAACCCAAUCAGUCUCCAUAGGAAUGAUACUGAAAUAAACCUGUGGCACAAGUUGGUCCUGUUUGGCCAAACUGCAGCGGUAUAAUGCUUAUUUAAUAAUCAUCAUGUAUUGGUGAACAUAUAUUUGUGAAUUCUUUCUGAAUGAAAUGGUAACUGUCAAUGCCUCUUGUUUUAGUUACAAUUGCCAGAACAUGGCGUCCUUUCUGUUUCACCCGUCCCAGAUCAUCUAGCUUUGCGACCGCGUUCGUUUGUCACACUUGUAGCAGAGUGUAUGUCCUCUGACAGUGUCUCAGAGGCUCGAGGAUAAGGAAGCAAACACUAGAGAGAGAAAAGAGAGCGUUUCGUAGUGCCUGUGUCUGUGUCAGCCCUAGCAUGCCAUGCUAAGGGCACCUGACCUUCACCCCCGGAAACAUACAGGCACUUGUCCCCGUGGACCCAGACUCUAGUGCUCCCACUCAUCUCUGGAAUGUCUGAUGGCGUGAGUCAGGAGCUGUUGUAGUCAUUAUUGCCUUCUAAAUUUAAUGCUUAGACCUAUAUUCGAAGUAUACAGAAGACAGUCACGGUUCUUCAGAAAAAGAAACAUCUUUUAACAGUACAGGGAAGCCAAUAAUUAAAACUUUUUUUUUUCUUUCUGUGGCUGUAUUUCUUGUGUAUGUAAAUCUUUAAUUGCAUAGAAUUUGGCAGAUGUUUUGCAACAAACAGCUAGACUUUAGAGUCAGGGAAUAGAAGUCAUUACAAAGUAAGGUGGUUGCACAUUACCCAGGAGAAUUUGGCUGUCAUUUAAUAGCUUUUAUAUAGUACUUACAAAUCUGAGUUUUACUAUGCUGUGAAUCAGUGCAUUAUGCAAAAUUAUAUGUCAGUAUUGUUCAUUGUACCCUUGGGUUUUGUAUUUCUAAUUUAAUGUUAUUGCCCUUUUUUUUCUUUCUCUCACUGAUACUCCACCUCUGAUUUGCUGACAUUAACUUUCGGUUCUUUAUUGUUCUGUUUGACCAUUAAUUUAAAAAUUAGACAACUGUUAAUAUAGCAGUACUAACUGAAGAAUUCAUGAAAUGCAGUUUUGUGUUAGAACUAGAUUAAAGGUAAUUGAGUAUUUGCAGUGUUCCACUGGAACACUUAGAUGUUUAAGAUUUCUAAGGUUUUAGAGUUACAUUUGGUACAGUCCUUAGAAUUUCAGAAAUUUGCAGGAAUUCAUUUUAUUACAGCGGUAUUCACUGUAGAUUUUAAUGAACUUUAAUGUUUACUUAACUAAUUUGGAAUAUGUAGCUUGGUUCUUCAUGAGUGAAUUUUGGGGGGAAAAAAAAGUUAUACCAGCCACAGUCUGGAAACUAAAGUUUGAGGUAUGUUAAGCAUUAUUCCUAAAGUUUUAUGCACAUGUAAAGUUUGAUCGUAAUAACCCAUGUUGUAUUCGAGAGUAAAUCUACACUCCAUUUUGAAUAACACAUUCCUUUAUCACUGUCAACUUUUCUGCUUGGUAGCACUUUUGAUUAUGGACAUGAGCUGGAAACAUGAUAUAUUUUCAUAGAAUUUUAAGUCCAGAAUAACUUUGGACGGCAUUAUGUAGUGGAGAGAGCACUGCCUCGUAGUUCAUACACUUCGGAGUCGGAAUUCCUCACCGCUGAGAUGAGGGGAUGAGCCAGCUCAGACUGGAGAGCAUCCGUCAAGGGUACCGCCGCUCACACUGUACUUUGUCCUUGAUGGCACAGGACCCUCACAGCGGGGAGGUGUCUGAGAUCUUCCUCCAAGAGCUUAGAGUCAGUAGAUCUGAGUUUCCUCCUCUUGUCUUACAGAAGUGGGGAGGGGUCACUGGCUUGCUGGUCUUUGUUUUAGCGAACCCUCAGAGCCCCCUCGGGGCUGGCUACUUAGUUAGAGGCACUUUACUUUGGUCGUGAAUUAAUUUGCAAUCAUUGCAGGGCAGCGAAGUCUGAUAAUGCCUGCCAGCUUUCCUUGUGCUUUGAUAAUGAGAGAUUCCCACCGGACAGCCCAGAGAACCUACUGUAAAAUUAUCUGGAGGGUAUUGAUUGGGAUUUGAAGACAUUAAAUGAUAGGAAAUUAUAUGCAAUAACACGAAUGAAAGCAAAACAUUGCUUAGGUCAUUUUAAACAUGCGCUUCUCGAUUUCUCAGUGCUUCCAGCUGAAAGACAACUGUGAAGGGAGCUUGGUGUCAGUUUGUCAGGAUACUGACGUCCAGAAAUUAUGUUUUGUAGACAUUCUGUUCUGUUUACACAAGUGUAUACACUUAAAGUGAGAUUGUGGGUGGGGAGAGAAGUGACGUUUAAUGCAAUUUUUUUCUGCAUUGAUCUGUAUUCUAGCUUAUGUUUUAGAAUCUUCUUACUUUGUCCUCAAGAUCAUUCUCCCCUGGUGGGUGUUGACUUUAGACAGGGAAAGCUUGCUGCAUUAUGGAGAUUGUCGGCACCAUUUAUUUUACACAAAGGCUAAAGGUUUUUAAAAUGAUGAGCUACUUUUUAUAUGUGUUUACUUGUGCUUUGUGAUAUUUCUGGAUCAUUCCAGUCAUAAAGACUUAUUACAUGUAAUAUUUCUUGCUACCUAUGAACAGGUAUAUUUUAAAGAAUGUAUAACCAACACUCCAUUUACUUUUUACUAGUAUGUAGAGGAUUUGUAUCUAAUUCAUGGGUGUAGUUUUACUGUAGUUUGUCAUUGUAAAUGGAGCAAAGUACAUUAUCUUUAUAGUUAUUCUAAAAUGUACAUUAUGUAAGAAUUGUAAAUAUCAAACUUGAUUAAAUACUUUGUAUGCUGAAAAAUUAUAAGAAGUCAAUAAAAAUCUCACCUCUGA